AAGGGCGUCUGCAGGGAGGGAUUGGCGGAGGCCGUGCAGAAGAAGCUCCAGGCCGAAGUGGAGAAGGAACAGCAGGUGCCAAAAGGUAACUUCUGAAAAAGCUCUGCAAAGAAUACGUUGUGAGAGCUUUGCCCAAGGAGUGCUCUAAGUCUAAAGGGACUUCAAAAUACACAGCAAUGACAACAAGAAAAAAUAAGUAAUAAAAAUAUAUUUCAAGCUACAAACCUAUGCAGUUAAGAGGAGGAAAUAAGAUUGUGCUGAAAAAAGAGAGGCUUGGGAAAGCGAGCAGAAGGCUACAGCAAUACAAAGACUGUGCUGCUCAGGAGGUUAUAUCUGUGAACCCCUGGCAUAAUAUUUGAAUUAUAAAUAUAAAAGAAUGGCAAGUCCUCUACCUCCCUAUCCUAGAUCACACACAGGGGAGAAGUUACAUCAGUGUAUGGAAUGUGGGAAACAAUUUGAUUGGAAAAGUAAUCUUACUAGACAUGAAAGGACCCACACAGGGGAGAAGCCAUAUGAAUGUGUGGAAUGUGGAAAGAGCUUCAGUCAGAGUGACAAAUUACGUUCCCAUCAAAGGACCCACACAGGGGAGAAACCCUAUAAAUGCAUAGAAUGUGGAGAAAGCUUCAGUCGGAGUGACAGUCUACGUUCCCAUCAAAGGACCCACACAGGGGAGAAGCCAUAUAAAUGCAUGGAAUGUGGAGAAAACUUCAGUCGGAGUGACAGUCUACGUUCCCAUCAAAGGAAGCACACAGGGGAGAAGCCAUAUAAAUGCAUAGAAUGUGGAGAAAGCUUCAGUCGGAGUGACAGUCUACGUUCCCAUCAAAGGAAGCACACAGGGGAGAAGCCCUAUAAAUGCAUGGAAUGUGGAGAAAACUUCAGUCGGAGAGACAAACUACGUUCCCAUCAAAGGACCCACACAGGGGAGAAGCCAUAUAAAUGCAUAGAAUGUGGAGAAAACUUCAGUCGGAGAGACAAACUACGUUCCCAUCAAAGGACCCACACAGGGGAGAAGCCAUAUAAAUGCAUAGAAUGUGGAGAAAGCUUCAGUCGGAGAGACAAUCGACGUUCCCAUCAAAGGACCCACACAGGGGAGAAGCCAUAUAAAUGCAUAGAAUGUGGAGAAAGCUUCAGUUGGAGUGACAGUCUAUGUUCCCAUCAACGGACCCACACAGGGGAGAAGCCAUAUAAAUGCAUAGAAUGUGGAAAGAGUUUCAGUCAGAGUGGACAUCUACGUUCCCAUCAAAGGACCCACACAGGGGAGAAGCCACAUAAAUGCAUGAAAUGUGGAGAAAGCUUCAGUCAGAGUGGCAGUCUACGUUCCCAUCAAAGGACCCACACAGGGGAGAAGCCACAUAAAUGCAUAGAAUGUGGAGAAAGCUUCAGUCAGAGUGGCAGUCUACGUUCCCAUCAAAGGACCCACACAGGGGAGAAGCCACAUAAAUGCGUAGAAUGCGGAAAGAGCUUCAGUCACAGUGGCAGUCUACGUUCCCAUCAAAAGACCCACACAGGGGAGAAGCCACAUAAAUGCAUGAAAUGUGGAGAAAGCUUCAGUCAGAGUGGCAGUCUACGUUCCCAUCAAAGGACCCACACAGGGGAGAAGCCACAUAAAUGCAUGGAAUGUGGAGAAAGCCUCAGUCAGAGUGGCAGUCUAUGUUCCCAUCAAAGGACCCACACAGGGGAGAAGCCAUAUAAAUGCAUGGAAUGUGGAGAAAGCCUCAGUCAGAGUGGCAGUCUAUGUUCCCAUCAAAGGACCCACACAGGGGAGAAGCCACAUAAAUGCAUGGAAUGUGGAGAAAGCCUCAGUCAGAGUGGCAGUCUACGUUCCCAUCAAAGGACCCACACAGGGGAGAAGCCAUAUAAAUGCAUGGAAUGUGGAGAAAGCCUCAGUCAGAGUGGCAGUCUAUGUUCCCAUCAAAGGACCCACACAGGGGAGAAGCCAUAUAAAUGCAUAGAAUGUGGAGAAAGCCUCAGUCAGAGUGGCAGUCUACGUUCCCAUCAAAGGACCCACACAGGGGAGAAGCCAUAUAAAUGCAUGGAAUGUGGAGAAAGCUUCAGCCGGAGUGACAGUCUACGUUCCCAUCAAAGGAAGCACACAGGGGAGAAGCCCUAUAAAUGCAUGGAAUGUGGAGAAAACUUCAGUCACAGUGGCAGUCUACGUUCCCAUCAAAAGAAGCACACAGGGGAGAAGCCACAUAAAUGCAUAGAAUGUGGAGAAAGCUUCAGUCGGAGAGACAAACUACGUUCCCAUCAAAGGACCCACACAGGGGAGAAGCCAUAUAAAUGCAUAGAAUGUGGAGAAAGCUUCAGUCGGAGAGACAAUCUACGUUCCCAUCAAAGGACCCACACAGGGGAGAAGCCAUAUAAAUGCAUAGAAUGUGGAAAGAGUUUCAGUCAGAGUGGACAUCUACGUUCUCAUCAAAGGACCCACACAGGGGAGAAGCCACAUAAAUGCAUGAAAUGUGGAGAAAGCUUCAGUCAGAGUGGCAGUCUACGUUCCCAUCAAAAGACCCACACAGGGGAGAAGCCACAUAAAUGCAUGAAAUGUGGAGAAAGCCUCAGUCAGAGUGGCAGUCUAUGUUCCCAUCAAAGGACCCACACAGGGGAGAAGCCAUAUAAAUGCAUGGAAUGUGGAGAAAGCCUCAGUCAGAGUGGCAGUCUAUGUUCCCAUCAAAAGACCCACACAGGGGAGAAGCCACAUAAAUGCAUGAAAUGUGGAGAAAGCCUCAGUCAGAGUGGCAGUCUACGUUCCCAUCAAAGGACCCACACAGGGGAGAAGCCAUAUAAAUGCAUGGAAUGUGGAGAAAGCCUCAGUCAGAGUGGCAGUCUAUGUUCCCAUCAAAGGACCCACACAGGGGAGAAGCCAUAUAAAUGCAUAGAAUGUGGAGAAAGCCUCAGUCAGAGUGGCAGUCUACGUUCCCAUCAAAGGACCCACACAGGGGAGAAGCCAUAUAAAUGCAUGGAAUGUGGAGAAAGCUUCAGCCGGAGUGACAGUCUACGUUCCCAUCAAAGGAAGCACACAGGGGAGAAGCCCUAUAAAUGCAUGGAAUGUGGAGAAAACUUCAGUCACAGUGGCAGUCUACGUUCCCAUCAAAAGAAGCACACAGGGGAGAAGCCACAUAAAUGCAUAGAAUGUGGAGAAAGCUUCAGUCGGAGAGACAAUCUACGUUCCCAUCAAAGGACCCACACAGGGGAGAAGCCAUAUAAAUGCAUAGAAUGUGGAGAAAGCUUCAGUCGGAGUGACAGUCUACGUUCCCAUCAAAGGACCCACACAGGUGAGAAGCCAUAUAAAUGCAUAGAAUGUGGAAAGAGUUUCAGUCAGAGUGGACAUCUACGUUCCCAUCAAAGGACCCACACAGGGGAGAAGCCACAUAAAUGCAUAGAACGUGGAAAGAGUUUCAGUCAGAGUGGACAUCUACGUUCUCAUCAAAGGACCCACACAGGGGAGAAGCCACAUAAAUGCAUGAAAUGUGGAGAAAGCUUCAGUCAGAGUGGCAGUCUACGUUCCCAUCAAAAGACCCACACAGGGGAGAAGCCACAUAAAUGCAUGAAAUGUGGAGAAAGCUUCAGUCAGAGUGGCAGUCUACGUUCCCAUCAAAGGACCCACACAGGGGAGAAGCCAUAUAAAUGCAUAGAAUGUGGAGAAAGCCUCAGUCAGAGUGGCAGUCUAUGUUCCCAUCAAAGGACCCACACAGAGGAGAAGUCACCUUAAUGCACGGAAUAGGAACAGAGCUUUAGAAAAAGUUCAGCAUACAGUAGAUAUCACAGAACUCAUGUACCUCUAGAGGAGACGGGCCUUUGAGUUUCCGAAUCUAUAAAAACACAUUGGAAGGAAAGAGGAAGGCCAGCACCUUGCUCUCUCUCCACCAUGAAUCGGAGUUUGUGUGGCCUUGGUUGACGGCUACUGGGAGCAGGUGUCACUCAGAAUGGCAGCAAGCUUGGAAGGGGUUCACCUAACCUCCUCCGCAAAGAGACCCAUCGCAGGCCUCUAGGAUGAUGUGUGAAGGUUUGCUGAAAUGAGCAGCAGCAGAGAUCUCUGGAUUAAAGGGUUCUGAAAAAGAAUAGCUCUUUGUUUGCAGAUAACGUCGUAUCUUCAUACUCCUGCCUUAUUUCUUGGCUCUUCUGCAUUCAAUGGCAUCAAUUGUUUCCCAUGCAUGUGUACUGUAUGUACUGUGAUCUGUCCUGAGUCCCUUGGUUGAAAUUUUGGGUGCUAGCCCUGAACUUUUAACCCUUUUCUGGACUUUGUUGUAUCCUGAAUCAUUGACUCUAAAUUCUGGACUGACGUCUAGGUUUCGUAUAUGGACUUGGACUUUGUUUGUAUCCCUGAUUUUCUGGCUUGACUUUGGGACUCUAAAUUCGGUUUGUACUCUUGAUUUCUUGGUUGUUGUUUUAUCAACUCAGCUGAAUGAACUCCUGGCAUGUGAUUGUUGGGACUGUGACCUUGGUUCUUGUUAAUUUUCACUCCUGACCUGUAUCUGCAGUACUCAACUUGUCCGCAAUAAUUGGACUCUUGACCUGCACUUGUAUUCAUUGUUCCUUCAACUGUGUUGCUCCAAUUAUUUUAGCUCAGUGGCUCCCAACCUUUUUUUAACUAGGGAUCAUUUGACAAGGGACCACUCUCCAAAAUUAGUACCAGAAGGGUUAUAAAUCAGUUUUUGGUCAACUUUAGAUUUGGUUUGGUUAUUUGGAGUGAUGAUUCAGAACAUUGCAUUGGAUAGACCACGUCAGCUCUCAUUCCUGAUAUGCCAUCCAGUUAGUCGUCAUCUGCUCGCCCACAGAAAACCAUAUUUAAUAAUCCUCAGGACUAUAAGAGGGUUUCGCGAGACCAGUCACUCUCAUUGUAAUGGUGUAGUAACUGUGAGGCUGUGAACCCUAUUUUAGUUCUUGCGGAUCACUGGUGGUCCAUGGACCCCAGGUUGGGAACCACUGUUUUAGCUGGACUGAAGACUUUAGUUUUCCUAUAAAAUAUGGUCUUGGCUUGUCUUGUGUUUGUUUAAUAAACCUCAGACUUUAUACCAAGAGAGCCCUGGAACAUGAGACCAUCAGCCUUGCUUUGUGUGUACUUAUCCCUGUGUAGAGUGAAACCCUUUCUGCAUAUGAGACUGUUCAAUCCCCACCUUUGGCAAAGGGUCCAUUAGGACACACAGUAUCCCUCCCCAACUGCAGAGAAUGGAAGACAAAAAAAUGACUACAACGACUGAUGAAGAUUCAUGAAUCCGUUGAGAUGGACAUAUUAACUACAUUGAUGAAGUAUAGAACCGCAUUGAAAGGAAAUAAGAGUAAAUAGAGAUACAAAUCAUAUAGUGAGUGAGUUUUGUAAAUUAGCGUUUGAUGUCAGUUAGUUUUGUUCUUAUUGUGCAAGGUGUGUGUCUUGUUCCCUUUAUAUUUGUUAAAUAGUCCUUUUUUAAAAAAAUGUACCAAAAUUAUUAUUUGUAUAAAAUAUUGUUUUUAAAUACCAAAAUUGUAAUUUGUGUAAACAUGCUUUGAUUUGUUUUUCUUCUUUAGUCUUUGAAUAAAUAUUGUUUUUUAAAAA